GAGGAGAACUUCUGGAUGAUAACUGAGCUUUACAAAAGCAGAAUAAGGUUCCCCCCUCCCAGUCCCCCUGCCCUCAGCUCCAUCAUGCCUAUCUUCAAAAACCUCCCAGUGCGCCUGAAAGGCGGCGGUCCGACUCUAGAAAACGCUUUGAUCCUUCGCAGGAUGAGCCUCAACAUCACCCCCAAUCAUCACCUUCACAGCCCGUUCGACAACGACAAUGACAGCAUCCAUGGAAAUGGCGACCACAGUAACCACUGGUCACCUGGCGGCUCGCUCCUCGACGGCGAUGUGCAAAGGGACCGCAACCCCUUCGAGGACGAGGAGGAUGAGAACGAGGCCAAUGAGGGGAAGAAGGGAAGUGGAGGUGGAAGUUCAGGGAAGGGGUCAUUCAAGUUCAAAUCCCCUCUGAAGACUCUGGGAAAGCUGGGGAAGAACCUGAGAAUCUCAGGGAGGAGCAAAGGAAGUGCAACACCCUCACCACAGGGGUCGCUGCAGGGAACACCUUCACCUUCAGAGAAGAAGAAGAGAGGGAGGAGGAGCUCUGAGGGAAGUUUAUUAAGACGCGGUUCAGGUAGAGGUUUAACCUGGUCUGUCUUCCCGUCUCCUUCAGUCCUGGAGAUCCUGCAGCUGGUGAAGAAGCGGGACCUCCUCCUUGCCGACACCCACAUCCUGGAGCUGGAGCAGGAGUGCAACGAGUCCGCCGCGGCCGAGCCGGAGGACGCCGGCAGCUCCAGCGUCAAAGAUGGCGGCCGGAGGAAGGCGAAGGACGUGGAGCUGCUGUACGAGGAGCUGCAGAAGGAGCUGUGGGCCGUGGUCAGGGAGUCUCUGCGCUCCCCGACCGCCGGGCCAAACCUGGGCCUGGUGGUGCAGGUGCUGCAACAGGAGGAACAGACUGAUAAAGACUGGGCCGCCAGCGAGGCCGCGGCCCCGGGGGGCCCAAGGCCCCGCCGUCUGAAGCAGAGGUGGAGGGAGGCGGUGGAGGCGGUGGCUGGCGGCUCGCUGCCUCAGGAGACGGAGUUCACAGCCGGAGAGCUGGACGGGUACCUGGACCGUCUCCGGGCCCGCGUGGUGGACGACCUCGGGGCCGCCAAGAGGAACGUGGUGUCUAUUUACCCCGAAGAGUACCAGCCCUUUGAGGUGUACGUGCAGAGCUACCACCAGGCGGUUGCCAGGCGACUGCAGGCCAUCACCGAGAACCAGCUGGAGAUCACAGACAUUUACUCCCUGCUGGACUGGCUGCACAACAUAUACAACAGAGACGUUCUGGGGACGGUGUGUAUCACGAGUCCGUUCAGCCGCUCUCAUCUCAGUCCUUUGCUGCCUUCAGAGACGGUGGACAGACUGGAGCUGGACUGUCUCAACUCUGUGCGGGCAAAAGUCACCACGGAGCUGAGCCAGGUCCUGGAGGAGGAGGAGAAAAGGUGGAUGGAGACGCUGCACAUUGAGGAGUAUCAGAUCACUUUGGCCAAGACCGUCAUACAGAGGUUGCAGGUUGAUCUGGAGCGUUCUGCCUCCAUCAACAGAAGUUUGGGUUCCAGAGUGGCUCAGUGCAGCCUGAACGGCCUGGCAGACUUCCUCUACAGUUUCCAGCGUAAAGUUGAGAUGUUUCAUGAGGGGAUGCAGAGCGGGAUGUUUGGAGACAACGAGGAUGGAUACGUGUCUAAAACCAUCGCCCUGGUCAACUGCUGUCCGCCUUUCAGAGGGUUCGUGCAGCGCUGUGCUCAGUGUGAUCCGUCAGUCAGCGAGGACUCUCUGCGUCGAGCAAACAAAGCUCUGGAUCACAUCGUCCAGCAGGGGGUCAGAGUGCUGUCUGAACGUCUUUAUCUGCACAUCAGGCCAUUCUUUGAGCGGCUGGUGAAGAGGAAGUGGCUGAGCAACACAGAGCCGUACGAGCAGAUCGAAGCUCUGAUCAAGGAACACUUCAAGAAAUAUCACAGGAUGGACAGUCCUCCGUACCAGCUGCUGGUGGCGGAGGUGCACCGCCGUGUGGUGAUGGAGUACCUUCGCUCAGUCAUGCGAGGCAGAAUCAUCUGCACCUCUGCAAAGAUGAGGAAGAGGAUGGCUGGCCGGCUCCGAGACGAAGGCACACAGAUCAAAGUCCUCUUCAAAGAUCUGGAGUCUCCGUCCAGCUGGUUGGACAGCGCCCUGUCUCACAUCUCAGAGAUCAUCCAGCUGGAGGACGUCCCCUCCAUCCAGAUGGAGGUCGGAGUUUUGGUUCGCGAGUUUCCAGACGUCAGGAAGAAGCAUGUGUCGGCCAUUUUGAACAUCCGAGGGAUGACCCGCCAGGCAGAGCGUCAGGAGAUUCUCAACAUCGUCAAAGACAUCGAGAGCAGCGAUGGCGGUGGCAGUGGCAGCGGACUGGCCCGCCUGUCCCGGGAUCACGCCCUCUUCUCAGAGGUGCCGGUCACCUCUGAGGUUCACUGCCUGAACGUGGGCCUGAGCCGCAUCGCCCUCACCGCCUCGUCCUGCUUCAGCACGCUGCGGCCGCGACCCCGCAAGACCCGAACAUCUGUCCAGGAAAACCCUGAUGACGUUCUCUGAAGAGGAAACUUUUGAGGGGUCUGAAUUGUUUUCUACUUUCAGCACAGUCACAACAAUUAUCAACUGAACCACUGUUGAUGGAAGCUUUCCAUCAGUCCAGCAAAAAUAUGUUUGUGUGUCUCGAUUCUCUCGAAGACAAAGAAAGUAGAAAUGAUAUAACGAUAGUUAAAAUGUCGAACGUAGACUUUGGGAAUAGUAUGAUAAGAAGUAUUCAAAUCAUUCUGACUCCUUGAUUUAAAACUGGCUGAGAGAGACAGUUAUCUUCUGAUGAAAGUAAUCUGGGCUUUUCCUGCUGAGAGGAAACACUCACAUAGGAAAACGAAAGGAAAACACCGAAGUCCCCGGUGGACUGCGAUCAGCAAUGAUCAGAGGACAAAAACUGGACCCAAAAAAUCAGGUGCCUGAUGAUUAAAUAUUGAUCAGUAAGAGUUCCCUUUUGUCUCUUUGGGUUAAAAUGACUAAUUGAUCUGUAAUCAGAAAAUACUCUAAAAUAUAAGGAUGCACUUUUAACCUUUGAAUUUAGGAUUACAUCUGCUGAAAACAAAAGCUUGUUUUUAUCAAGUUGGAAAGUCUUUUUUAUUAGAUUAGCACGUAACAUUGUAUUCUACAUGUGUUCUCAGACGAUCUUUGUUCAUGUGGGAUCUCUUCUUUCACAUUCGGCUUCUUCCCUGUUUAUUUUCAGAGCAACCUGCCCUGAUAAAAAUCCUCUGAAUUAAUGUAAUGUGCAUUUUUUAGACAAACAGAACAAGAGGGCUGAACCAAUAAGAUCAUUAGGACUGCUGUCACUUUACCGUCUGUGCAUACUGGAUCUAUUUUAACUAACGUGGAACCCAGAAUCAGAUCCAGGAGCUCCAGACUGGACUUAAUCAGGACCUGUUUCAUCUGCGCUUUGGAUGGAAAUUAAGGUGUUCUUUUUUGGGGGGGAGGCAGAAUAUCUUGUUGGAGCUCUUAUGGAUGUGGAGUUGAAUUUAUAAUCACAGAAGAAACUCCAUGAGAGGCGUGAUUUAAUAGUUGCACACAAUAAAAAAUGUAAGAUUUAAUCAAAGGUACUAGACGAUCUGAGUCUCUAUAAUGCUGACAGUGUAUUUAAAGCAGUGAUUUCAGUGGGAGCUCUUUGGUGUGAUGAGGUUUAUUAUAUAUGUAGGAUACAGAGUUAAAUAGAGCUUUAUUAUUUCUCUUUGCUGGCUCGUACUGCUUAAUAUUUUCUGUUUGUAUAUGAAAAAAUGGGAGCGCUCACUUUGUAUUCGAGAGACAGAACUGGAGACUCAAAAACAUUUCUUUGUAUUUUUUUUCUGUUUUUGACUUCCUCAUUCCCGAUCAAAUAUGUUUAUACAGAUGAUUCCUUCAUGCAAUCACUGGAUUCACUUUGUCUCCUUAAAAAUCUAAAGUUUGAUCUUCAUGCACUGAUAAAGGUGAGAGCAGACUCCUUGGUUGUAUGUAAGAUGCUCCAAGAUUGAAGCUCUCCCAUAUCAAAAGAAAAACUUGACAGUCAAACAUGUUCAGGCAGACUAAAUAGUACACAUCCUUUUAAGGAACUUUAGAGAUCGAAGGUGUAGAUACACAUUGAUGAUCAUGGGUGGUGUUGACAAAACACAUUAAGUUUGUGAUAGGGAUGCACCGAUGCAUCGGUUUAACAUCAGCAUCGGCUGAUAUCCGUCUGUUGAUAGACAUCGUCACAUCGGCAAAUAAUCUGUCAUGAACCCAUGUCAGUAGCCAAUGUUCAUUUGUUGUGCCAAAUCAUUUAAAUGCUGACAUCUAGUUCACCUAACUGCUGAUUAAGAAAAUAGGUUUUUCAUUGUGCAGAGGAAGUCAACUUUUCGUCAAGCUCUGAACUGUUUUCAUGGACAGUCAUGAGGGAAAAUGUUGGCAUUGUUGGGAGUCUUACACCAAAAGAAACAUUGGAAUCGGCUAAAUUGUUAUUUUAAACAUUGGUAUCAGAAUCGGUCCUGAUUUUCACCAUCGGUGCAUCCCUAGUUUGUAAUUAACUCUUUUCAGCACUUCACUCUGAAAACAUGUUUCUAUUCUUUGCAUUAUUCUUUUCUGUUCUCAGUCUUGUAUGAAGGUGGAUGUAUGAGAUUAAUCUUUCUGUACAGAUCAGCUUUUAAUGACAAUAAAACAGAUCAGAUCACC